AUGGCAUCCCGAAAAGUGAAUGUCCUAGUCUAUUCUGGCAAUGGAAGCACAAUUGAGUCUGUACGGCAUUGUCUAUACACUCUCCGGCGUCUGCUCUCACCAAAUUAUGCCGUCAUCCCCGUGACUGAUAUCGUCAUUCUGAAGGAACCAUGGACGGCAUCCUGCGCUCUCCUGGUGUUUCCUGGAGGGGCUGAUAUGGGGUAUUGUCGGUCUUUGAAUGGGGAAGGUAAUCGACGUAUCGAUCAGUAUGUACGUCGAGGUGGUGCUUACCUCGGAUUUUGCGCUGGAGGGUACUACGGGACUGCCCGGUGCGAGUUCGAAGUCGGGAACAGAGUUUUAGAAGUCAUUGGACCUCGAGAAUUGUCUUUCUUUCCUGGAACAUGUCGUGGCUGCGCUUUCAAGGGCUUUGUAUACCACAGCGAAGCUGGUGCCAAAGCAGUGCAACUCUAUGUUGACGAGGAAGCGUUCAAGGGCGGCAUUGUGCCACAGACGUUCAGAUCCUACUAUAACGGUGGAGGCGUCUUUGUGGAUGCCCGGAAAUACGCUGAUAAAGGUGUCGAGAUUCUUGCAAGCUACGUGGAUCCAUUGGAUGUUGAUGGAGGAGAUGGAGCGGCAGCUGUUGUAUAUUGCAAAGUUGGAGAGGGCGGGGCACUGCUUACGGGGCCUCAUACGGAGUUCGCUGCUGUAAACCUCGACCCAAAGUCGGACAGUCCAGAUUAUCCACAGCUUGUUAAAGCUUUGGCAGAAGCUGACUCGUCACGUGUCAAUUUUCUCAAGGCAUGCUUGGCCAAGUUGGGGCUGAUUAUCAGCCAGGAGACAACUACGGUACCUUCCCUAUCUCGCCUACAUCUUUCGUCACUGCAUCACUUCCUAGUCCCAGAACUGCUGGUAGCGUGGGAGCACAUUAUCACCAAGGAGGAUGGCGAAGAGUACAUUAAAGGAGAAAAUGAUACCUUCCACCUCGAGAAACAAGAUUCGAGGUGGUCGCUGAACUCUCUUAUCAAAACUCUACCAACACCUGGCAUCUUGAAAGGAAGCAAUGAACAUGCAGCUGAUCAAACGAAUGAUGUUGGGUCGAAUGACAGAAUAGUCGACUAUAACGCCAUCACCAAGCGUCUGAUCCCACACGAAACAGAAUGGCCAGGAACGAAAGAAACCCCUUACUUCAAUCACCACUCAUUCUACGCCAACCUCCGAAAAUACCAAGAAGAGAGAGAUGGCGAAGCAGAAGAGUUUGGAAAGUACCUAAUGUAUGGGGAGGUUGUGACCAGUACGAACACGAUGUUAGAAAAGAAUAUCAAAUUACUUUCAAACGUCCCCACGGGCUUCACAUUCACAGCAACAACUCAAGUAGCUGGUCGAGGUCGAGGAUCGAAUGUCUGGGUCUCGCCUGCUGGAUCUCUGGUCAUGUCCGUCUGCAUGAAGCAUCCAAUGGAGCUCAGUAAUAGCGCCCCCGUUGUGUUCAUUCAAUAUCUCGCUGCUAUUGCGAUCGUUGAAGGCAUCCAGUCCUACGAUCGCGGCUACAAGGACUUCCCAGUGAAGCUCAAAUGGCCGAAUGAUAUAUACGCACAAGACCCAACCAAGCUUGGAAAGAAGGAAUACAUCAAAAUUGGCGGGAUCCUCGUAAACUCCUCAUACUCCGCUGGUUCCUACGACCUCGUCGUGGGCAUCGGCCUGAAUACCACCAACGCUGCUCCAACUACCUCUUUGAACGCACUACUGUCAACUCCGGCCUUCUCUUCUCUCGCACCCUUUACUUUAGAAAAGCUUCUCGCCCGAAUCCUCACCAAAUUUGAAACUAUCUACAAGCGCUUCCUACGGACUGGCUUUGAUCACAAGUUGGAAGAAACCUACUAUAAAAACUGGCUCCAUACAGAUCAAAUCGUGACCCUGGAGGCCGAAGGAGGAGUGCGAGCGAGGAUCAAGGGGAUCACGACCAAUUGGGGACUUCUCAAAGCUGAAGAGUUGGGGUGGGAAGACCGACCAACGGGCAAAAUUUGGGAGUUGCAGAGUGACAGUAACAGCUUCGAUUUCUUCCGUGGGUUGCUGAAGAGGAAGGCGUAA